AAUGGCCACGGGAGGCAUCACGACGCUUCCCUCCACGCCCGAAGACGGCGGCAGCGGCGGCUUCCCGCCCGGCGGCUUCAAGGAUCCCAAGAGGCUGUACUGCAAAAACGGGGGCUUCUUCUUGAGGAUCAGGUCCGACGGGGGUGUAGAUGGAAUCAGGGAGAAGAGCGACGCCCACAUAAAGCUCCAAAUCCAGGCGACCUCGGUGGGGGAGGUGGUCAUCAAAGGAGUCUCUGCUAACCGCUACCUGGCCAUGAACAGAGACGGCCGGCUGUUCGGAGUGAGACGGGCGACGGACGAAUGCAACUUCCUGGAGCGGCUGGAGAGCAACAACUACAACACCUACCGCUCCAGGAAGUACCCCGGCAUGUACGUGGCUCUGAAGCGGACGGGCCAGUACAAGUCCGGGAGCAAAACCGGGCCGGGUCAGAAGGCCAUUCUGUUCCUCCCCAUGUCUGCCAAGUGCUAAUCGGACCGAGUCGAUAUCCACGUGUCCAGCGGCUGCGAAAAACACAACGAAGAAGAAGAGGAGGAAGAAGAAGUGUCCCAUAAACCGCUGUGAUGCUCUGUGACUGUUUUACCCCGAAUGAGUCUGCUCUCUCUCAGCUUUUACUGUCAAACAGUGCAGAGCAUUCACAGCCGGCUGCUUCCCAGUACCCCCCCCC